AGAGGUGUAGAAAAAAAAAAACAAACAAAAAAUGGACGUUAUAUUAUUAACUUCUCUCGCUGUUUUGAUUAUUGUAUUGAUUAUCGUUUGUACUCUGUUUCUAAGACAAAAGUCCGCUACGCGGAAAACGAAUAUAGGCGAAAAAGUUGCACAGAGUAAACCUAUAAGGCGAGCAGCGGGUCAAAGAAAUACUAGACGUCGUAUGCAAGCGACCACUAGUCAACAAGUCGAAGAAAAUGACCAUGGAUCUGGGGACGAAGAAAAUGAAGAGACUAAUGAGAAAUCACCUACACCUGAUUUCAGAAUGGGUGCAAAGAAGAGGGCAAAAUUAGUAGCCAAAUCAGAGAAGAAAGCACAAAGGGAAAUUGCUGACAGAGAAAGAGAAGAGCGUAAAAAGAGGGAACAACUUCUCCAGGAGGAAAGAGACAAGCAAUAUGAAAAGGAACGCAUAGAGGAAUUAAGACAAGAAGAGGCAGAAAGAAAAGCUAGAGAGGAAAAAGAAAGAAAAGAACACGAGGAAUAUUUGAAAAUGAAAGAAGCAUUUAGUGUAGAGGGAGAGGGCUUUGAUCAGGAAUAUAGAGAGGAUGAAGAAAAUUUGUUAGAGGCAUUUCUUGACUAUAUUAAAGGAAAUAAAGUGGUGAUUCUUGAGGAUUUAGCUGCCCACUUUGGUUUAAAGACAUCAAGCGCGAUAGAAAGAAUUCAGGAGCUGCAAGCAAAUGGAAAUUUGUCUGGAGUUAUUGAUGACAGAGGAAAAUUUAUUUACAUUUCUCAAAAGGAACUUGAAGCUGUUGCAAAGUUUAUUAAACAACGUGGUAGAAUCAGCAUUACUGAAUUAGCAGAGAAUUCAAACCAUUUGAUUAAUCUAACUCCAGAAAAGCAAAAUAAUAUGGUGAAAGCUAGAUAGGUACAUAUCCCUAAAGCAAUUGUAAAAUAAGAAUAUUCUAAUAAAUUUAUGUAGUAUUUUAUAUACAGGA